AUGAGACGUCUCGCCGCCCUGAUCAUCGGCGUAGCCACGGCGCAACCUGAUAUCGACGCCGCCUGCCGCCGGCUUUCCUCGGACCGCUACGUCGUCAUGCUCUCGGCCUUCGAGCAGAUGAACAAGAAUAUCGGCGUCGUCGCGGAGGCGGCGUCCUGGGCCAAAAAGCUCGGCCGCACCUUCGUCGAGCCCCUGUAUUGCCGCUCGCGCGUGGCGCCGCCCUUCGCGGCGGUGGCAGAAACGGGACUGGCGCUGGCGGUGCGCGUACGAGCGGCGCACGACCUCCGGGGCGUCGACUGGACGUGCCGCGGCCAGGAGAAGGUGCCGCUCUCCGCGGCGCGCGACGUGCGCCAGGCCUGCCGGACGGUACCUAUGAUAUGGGACACAUCGCGGGUGACGGACAUGGACUAUCUGCUGGGCGCGUGCUGGAGCGAUUCCCGGUGCGUGGUCUCGUGGUCGUUCAACGAGGACGUCUCAAAUUGGGAUACAAGCAACGUAAAAAGCAUGGUUUCGCUCCCGCGUCGUAUGCGCGUGUCAACACUUCUAACUACCCAAAAUGUACAGGUCAACAUGUUCCGCGACACGGCGUUCAACCAGGCGAUCGGCGUCUGGGACGUGUCACAAGUGACGGAUAUGAGCUCGAUGUUCGAAGGCGCCGACUCCUUCAACCAGCCGCUAAAUGGCUGGGAUGUCUCGAAGGUUAAGAGUAUGUACGAGAUGCUCGAAGAUUGCACGGCGUUCAAUCAACCGCUCGACCGCUGGGACACAUCUAGCCUCACGGACAUGAGCUACAUGUUCAAGUACGCCACGAAAUUCAACCAACCGCUCAACACUUGGGACGUCUCCACGGUCACUAGUACCCAACGCAUGUUCGAGUACGCCUACAAGUUCAACCAGCCGCUGGACAAUUGGCGGCUCGACAAGGCCAAGGAGAUCAAGUACAUGUUCCAGGGCGCCAGCAAAUUCAAGCAGGACCUCGGCUGGUGCCUCGACGACGACGUGAACCAGAACGACGCAUUUUUACGAACGAAGUGCGAAAAGACGUCGUGCGGUGUCGAAGGCCCGCCGUGCCAGGCUCCGGCCGAGAUAGUACCGGCACCCACCUACCGGCCGACGUACAAGCCGUCGCUGCGCGGCAGCGACGACGACGACUGUGCUGAUGAUGAGGACUGGUCCUACACCACGAAGGAGGGGGACGUGUUCACGUGCGAGCGCGUCGCCGAGAAGCUCAAGCGCUGCACGAUCCGCUUCAGCGCGGACGGCGUCCGGGCGGACGAAGCCUGCAAAAAAACGUGCGGUACCUGCCCCUAG